UCUGCAUCCCUCCUGACUCCUGUCUUCAAUGACCUUUCGGCCAUUAAGCCGCCGCCUCCUUUUUCUUUUUCUCAGACCCGACCUCUGUUUUCCACACAAAUCAUCACCUUCUCUUCCUCCUUAUCUUAAAACAAAACUUCUUCAUGGAGAACUAUUCAAUACUCUUCCCGUGUUCAUCAUCAUCGUCGGCAGCAGUAGCUGUUCCAUUCUCCUCAAACAUGGCAAAUUCUCGUAUUUUUGCUGAUCUUAAUGACACCAGUCCAGCUGGGUUCUUAGGAUUGAAGACGGAGACGGAUGCACAUGCACCACGUUCAGAUGUUAAAACCCUUCUUCAGAAUGAAAGCUUUGGCCGGCCUAAAAGUGAAACGAAGCUCGGUAUCAAUAAGAAGGGUGAUCAGAAGAAAAUCAGAAAACCCAGAUAUGCUUUUCAAACAAGAAGCCAGGUCGAUAUACUUGAUGAUGGAUAUCGAUGGAGGAAAUAUGGGCAAAAGGCUGUGAAGAACAACAAAUUUCCUCGGAGCUAUUAUCGAUGUACGCAUCAAGGAUGCAAUGUCAAGAAGCAAGUUCAACGCCUAUGCAAAGAUGAAGGAAUCGUCGUGACAACCUACGAAGGGAUGCAUACUCAUCCAAUUGAGAAAUCUACGGACAACUUCGAACACAUUCUGAGUCAGAUGCAAAUCUAUGCUUCCUUUUAGAAUAUUGGUCUUUUCAAAUUACAUAUAAUUAAUAUAGAGAGGAUUUGUUCCUUUUUUUUUUUUUGUAAAUUAUGUAACUUAAAACUUGACCACCCGAAUAUGAAAUAAAAAUGGGCAAUUGGGGUGGAAAUAAAUAAAACCAUAAAUUACAGUAAUGGUAGGGGUGGUAUGUGUUAAAUAUUAAGGGUAUUUGAUGCAUUUCUUGGACCAAUAUAUAAUUACUCAGUAUUAGGCAUUAUAAUCUUUUAAUUAUGUUUGCAGAUGUUUUAUA